UCCCGCCAUUUUCACCAAAAGAGAGAGAGAGAGAGAAGCGAGCUGAAUCAAUGGAGUCGAUUACAGCAGUUGUUUCAGAGAGCCCUAAGGCCAAAGAAGAAGCCAAUAACGUCGGAAGCGGCGGCAACAUCAAGAUCAGUGAGAAGCCAUAUAUUGUUGCUUUAACUCUAGUUCCUACUGCUGCUGCUCAUCAUCAUGACAAGGUUCCCUCUAUCACUUCUCCUGCAGAAACUGAGUCCCCCCAAGAGAAGAAGAUGAAGAAGAAGCAGAAGAACAAGAUUCAAGUCUCCAAUACCAAGAAACCCUUCAUCUUCUAUCUCAAUCUUUCCAAGAGGUACAUAAAUGAGCACAAUGAGGUUGAGCUCUGCGCCUUGGGAAUGGCUAUUCCUACUGUUGUCACAAUUGCUGAGAUUCUGAAGCGAAAAGGAUUGGCAAUCGAGAAAAGAAUAACGACAUCUACUGUACUCAGCCCGGAGGAGGAUCUCAAAGGUCGUCGGAUUGAGAAAGCUAAGAUUGAGAUUGUGCUGGAAAAAGCUGAGAAACUUGACAAGACCAAUGCGCCUGAAACCCCAAAGAAGGCAUAAGCGAAGCAAUAGCACUGAAUUUCACUUCUAAAGCAUGAUCUUCCCCUGUUUUCCCCCACCUUUUACAGUUUCAUGUAGAGAUAGGUACCAGUUCUAAUUUGAUCUGUUGCUAAAAUAAGCAAGGGUCAGUUUAGUAGGAGCUAGUCCAGUUGGACCUUUCUGAGUGUUUUUUUCUUCGUUGUCUUCGAUCACAUAAGUGUUUACCCAAUAAUGUAGUCUCCAUUUACUGUACAGUGUAAACAGCACGUGUAAAAAAAAUGUACUUUCACAGUGUGAA